AACGACUUUAGUUUUCCACGAUACAUGUGUCUUCACACAUCUUCUUUUCGCAAGUGUAUCCAUCCCUAACUUCUUUUAUAUAUCGUGGAUGGACCCCACUGUGUGGAUAGAGAGACGUUAUCAUUACUACAAAUUAUAAAUAUCAUAUUCGGAUAUUACUCGAAUCAACAGCUGCGAAAUGUUGCAUCAGAUGAAUCCCGAUUUCUUAAGUGCUCAAUCCGAGAAUUCAGAAAAAUCAGAUCUCGAAUCAUGCAUCAUGCGUACCAGAAUAAUACCAAAAGGAGACGGCAAUAAUUACAUUAUGAACCUUCAUCGAAACGAGUGCUCUAUCUACGAAGAAGCGUAUAAGAAAUCAUUGGAAUGUCCGGAAGAGUUUUGGGGUGAGAUCGGCAGCUGUAUUGAUUGGAGCACACCUUGGCAGAAAGUCCUAGAUAAUUCUAACGAGCCAUUUACGAAAUGGUUUGUUGGUGGAGAAUUGAACGCUUGUUACAACGCAUUGGAUCGCCAUGUAUAUGCAGGGAAUGGGGAGAAAGUGGCCCUUAUACACGACAGCCCUCAAAUGUCAAUAAUACGCAAAGUAACAUACAACGAACUCUUAGAAAAGACAUCCUUGUUGGCGGGUGCAUUAGCCGAGCUAGGUGUACGUAAAGGAGAUAAGGUGAUCAUCUAUAUGCCACUGAUCCCUGAGACUAUAAUCGCGAUUUUGGCCACCGCUAGACUGGGGGCGAUUCAUUCGGUGGUCUUCGGAGGUUUUGCAGCGAAUGAAUUGGCAUCUAGAAUUAAUCACGCCGAACCAAAGGUUGUUAUUGCCGCGAGCUGUGGCUUAGAACCAUCCAAAAUAAUUAAAUAUACUACUAUCUUAAAUGCUGCUAUGGAUAUGAUUACUGCACCGAAGCCGAAAUGUAUUAUAUUUCAAAGAAGAAAUGUUUGGGAAGCGCCAUUGCUCAAGUCACAAUUUGACUGGGAUGAGCUUAUAAAGAAAUCUAAACCUCAUCCAUGCGUAAUGGUUGAAGCUAAUGAUCCAUUGUAUAUAUUGUACACAUCGGGAACUACAGGGCAACCGAAGGGAAUUAUAAGACCGAUAGGUGGUCACUUGGUGGCACUCUGUUGGACCAUAAAAGUAGUUUACGGAAUGAAUGAAAAUAGUGUUUGGUGGGCAGCCUCCGAUAUGGGAUGGGUUGUUGGACAUUCGUAUAUUUGCUAUGGUCCUCUUUUGUACGGCGCGACGAGCAUAAUGUACGAAGGGAAACCCGAUAGAACACCGAAUGCUAGUCAAUAUUUCAGAAUCAUUGAGCAACAUGGCAUAAAUGCAUUAUUUUGUGUACCUACAGCUUUACGAGUUAUAAGACGGGCGGAUCCGGAAACGUUAUUAGGAAAAAAGUAUUCGUUAAAAUCCUUAAAAACAAUAUUUGUGGCUGGGGAGUUUUGCGAUUAUGAAACAAAAGCAUGGGCCGAGAAAGUAUUUAAGGUGCCAAUUUUAAAUCACUGGUGGCAAUCAGAGACCGGACAUCCCAUUACAUCAUUAUGCAUGGGAUACGGUCAUAGUCCUAGUUUGCCUAAGUUCAGCACAGGACUUCCUAUACCUGGAUACAAUAUUCACAUUUUGCGUGAAGAUGGAAGUAGAGCGUCACAACAUGAGCUCGGACGAAUCGCGAUAAAAUUGCCAUUACCGCCUGGAUGUAUAUCGACUCUUUAUCGAACACCCGAAAGAUUUAAGGAAAUAUAUUUCUCGACAUUUCCGGGUUACUACGACACAAUGGAUGCAGGCUAUAUUGAUGAGUUCGGUUAUGUUUACGUGACAGCGAGAGACGAUGACAUUAUAAACGUAGCUGGUCACAGAAUAUCAACAUCUGCGCUGGAAGAUAUUAUUUUUACUCAUCCUGAUGUUGUAGAAGUCGCAGUUGUCGGUGUACCGGAUCACACGAAGGGUGAAGUACCGUUGUGCCUUUAUAUUAAACGAAAUGACGCGAUUAGCAAUGAAGAGGAGAUAAAUCAAGAGUUGAUCACUCGAGUGAGAAACAUGAUGGGCCCGAUCGCGUCCUUUCGGGUCGCCGCUGCCGUUACCGCGUUGCCUAAAACACGCUCAGGAAAAAUAAUCCGUAAAUCUAUUGCUACAUUGGCGCGAUCAAAACUAUUCAAGAUUCCAAGCACGAUCGAAGAUCCAACAGUAUUCCGCGAAAUUAAGGAGGUACUUCAAAAGCUUGGAUACGCAAAACUGGCCCCGGAUCCACAAUAAUGACACUUUUUUAUUAUAAAAUUCUUACGCAGGAAAAUUUUUACGGUACUUUGAAAAUAACUAUGGUGGUCAAUUUCAUAGGAAUAGAACGCGCGAUUGUGUGCAAUGUUCAUUCAUUAAGUCUGUUCUUUCUAAUUGUGCUAUGUUGCAUUUUUUAAGAGACGUGUAUACUUACACCUCCCCUCCCCCCCACACAUAUAUAUGUAUGUAUGUAGAAUCCGCCAAAAUCUUAUUUCAUGCCUGUUUGGUUUAUUUAAUAUUAUGUGCUCACUUUAUAUCACAUAUAUUUGUCAUAUUGAAAUAAUGAUAAUUUUCUUUUCUUAUUAAGCUGUGUCAUAACAUUUAAGCAAGUUUUUUACUUUAUGACCUUCAGCACCUUGCUAAUUGCGAUAGUUUUAUUUGAAAUUAUAUACAUAGCCAUUAUUGUAAUAAAUAAAUA